AUGCCAGGGUUAAACUUUGAAAACUACCAGAGAAACCAAUUCUUGACAACCAAAGGAUUUGCUCAGCCAAAAGCCACGUCUACAGGUACUACAAUUGUCGGGUGCCAAUUUAAAAACGGUGUCGUAAUUGCUGCUGAUACAAGAGCCACCGCCGGACCUAUAGUUGCAGACAAGAAUUGUGAGAAACUACACAGACUUUCUCCUAAGAUAUGGUGUGCGGGUGCCGGUACAGCUGCUGAUACAGAAAUGGUGACCCAAUUGAUUGCGUCCAAUUUGGAACUACAUGCAUUGUCGCAGAAUAGACAACCUCGUGUAAUAACAGCAGUAACGUUGUUGAAGCAGCAUUUAUUCAAAUACCAGGGCCACUUGGGAGCAUACUUGAUUGUUGCCGGAGUUGAUCCUACAGGAGCUCACCUACUCUCAGUACAAGCACACGGAUCAACUGAUGUGGGAAAGUAUCAAAGUUUGGGCUCCGGCUCUUUGGCCGCCAUGGCGGUUUUGGAAACAAACUUCAAAGAAGACAUGACUAAGGAGGAGGCUAUAGAUUUAUGUGCAAGAGCUAUCGAAGCCGGUAUUUGGAAUGACUUGGGUUCUGGUUCCAAUGUUGAUGUCUGUGUGAUGGAGGUUGGCAAAGACGCGCAUUUGAUGAGAAACUACAUUACGCCAAAUGUGAGGAUAAAAAAAUGCAAAGACUACAAGUUUCCAAGAGGUACCACGGCGGUGUUGGGUCAAAAAGUACGUGACAUCUGCGAUGUCGAGGAAACAGUGGUUACAUUUGACAACAUGGAGGUUGACACUGCUGUGUAG